UCCGCUCAGGGUCUCAACUACUCUACUCUCCACCCAGCUACUCUACUCAGAGCUCCUCGCCUCCAGAUCUGCCAUGUCUGUUGCGCUGCCCUCCGCCUUGCCUCUGCCUGAUCUGAGCAUGCUCUAUCGGGGCCGCCUCAACGCCCCCAUCGGGAAGUCGGAUGCUGAGACGGAGGACUUCCCCGAACUCGAACCCUACGCCGACGCUGAAGCUGGACCUCGCUCCAGCCACCCUCUUGGCCCGAUUGAGGUGGUGAAUGUGGACCUGGAGUUGGGCGGUCAGAAUAGGAUGGAACACCGCACCAAUCGCUUCGACUACCAAGACCUCAUCGUGCGACGCGGACAGCCCUUCGGCAUGGUGAUCGCAUUCAACCGCCCUUUUGACGCCGCGAUUGACGAGGUCGCCGUGGAGUUCCGCAUCGGUGCCCAUGCCCUCUCUGAUAAACACACAUAUGUGAGUCUGCAAGUGCACCCGAGCGAGACACGCUGGGGCCUGCGCUGUGAGCCCAAUGGCAGCACGGUGUUCGUCAGCCUGACGCCACCCCCUGACUGUGUGGUGGGCAAGUUCUGCAUGUAUGUCACCGCGGUCAAUGGCCGCGCUAUCAUGAGGUUCCCCACGCGCGGCCACAUGUACGUUGUCAUCCUCUUCAAUACCUGGUGCUCUGAGGAGGACGUGUACCUGCCUGACGAGGCGGAGAGACAAGAGUAUGUUCUCAACGACGCCGGAGAAAUCUACAACGGGACCAACUUCGCCGUCGCCAAGAGGCCCUGGCAUCUCGGACAGUACCGGCCUGGAGUGCUGGAGGCCUGCCUCUUUGUCCUGAAUCGAUGUGGCAUGCCAUUAGAGGACCGCAGAGACGUGGUCAACGUCUGCAGAAGGCUAUCUGCCCUAAUCAACGCUCAGGAUGACAGGGGUGUGUUGCUGGGCAACUGGAGCGGUAACUACAGAAUGGGCGUCUCACCCAACGCCUGGACCGGAAGCGCUAAGAUCCUGCUGAGCUACGCAGCCAAUGGCAACCCAGUGGCCUACGCCCAGUGCUGGGUCUUCGCUGGAGUACUCACCACAGUGCUCCGUUGUAUUGGAAUCCCUACCAGAGUGGUCACCAACUUCAACUCUGCUCACGACAGCACUGGGAACCUGAAAACAGAUAUCUACAUCGACCGCUUUGGAAGCAUGGACAGAACUGCCACUCGUGACUCAAUAUGGAACUACCACUGCUGGUGCGAGUGUUGGAUGAAGAGGAUAGACCUGCCAGGACACCUGUCAGGCUGGCAGGUGGUGGACGCCACGCCUCAGGAGACCAGUAAUGGGCUGUUUUGCUGUGGCCCGGCAUCUGUUGUCGGCAUAAAAUCAGGAGAAGUAUGCUUCCCUUACGACGGACGAUUCGCCUUUGCUCAGGUGAACAGUGACGUUGUGUAUCGUAGGCGCACGUACAGGGGAGACAAGAUUGUGCGAAUAGACACGACUCACGUUGGAGCUUUGAUCCUUACCCGUACGCCAUGGGGCGCACAGAACAUCACACUCAACUACAAGCACCCGGAGGGAAGUGCAGCCGACGCGGCCACGAUGGACCGAGCGGUCAACUACGGCUGCGGCCGGGAGCGCUCGGCUCUGGAGGAGACGGGCGAGAUGGAGCUGGAGCUGGUUUGCCCGGCCGCGCAGCUCGGCCAGGACUUUGCCCUGAAGCUGGUGGUGAAGAACAGCACCGCCGAGGAGCAGAAGGUGAACCUCACGCUGACCUGCAGCGUCAUCUACUACACCGGAGUCCACAGCGGAGACUUCAAGGUCGUGAAGGAGAGCGCCACCUGUCAACCCCUGACCAGUGAGGAGGUCUCGGUGGAGGUCGUGGCCAGCGACUACAUGAAGCACAUGGUGGACCAGGGCUGCCUGAGCUUCACCUGCGUGGGCGAGACGACCAGCGGAGAGACGUGCGUGGCCGCCAAGGUGGUCAAGCUGCAACUGCCAGUGCUCAGCAUCGAGCUGGAUGAGGAUGGGGAGUGUAAGGUGGGUAAGGAGAUGUCCGUCACUGUGACCUUCAACAACUUGUUCAACAUGACUCUGGCCGACGUGGAGCUCCGGCUGGAGGGGCCUGGAGACACCGGCGACAGGGAGAAGACAUUCCCAACUGUGGACCCCGGUACCUCUCUGAAGUGGAAUCAGAAGUUUAUUCCGAAGACGGAAGGACCAGACCAGUUGGUGGCCUGCUUGGACAGCCCUAUGCUGAGGGAGAUCAAUGGGUCGCUGCACAUCAACGUGACCGCCGACAAGGACGCCACCGACAAGGACAAGGACAAGGACGAGCCUUGAGAAAGAGCAGCGAACAGCACCCGCCUGCCCUGGAGCAAGAUGCAUUCACCCAAGCCCUGAGUCCCAAGUCAAAAGAGUUCAGUUGUUGUAGCACCGGUAAUUAGCUUAGCCUUAAGUCCAACUCAAAAGAGUUCAGUUGUAGUAAUUAGCUUAGCCUUGAGUCCAACUCAAAAAAGAGUUAAGUUGUAGUAGUUAGUUUAGCCUUGAGUCCAAGUCAAAAGAGUUAAGUUGUAGUAAUUGGUUUAGCCUGAAGUCCAUCUCAAAAUAGUUAAAUUGUAGUAGUUAGUUUAGCCUUGAGUCCAACUCAAAAAAGAGUUAAGUUGUAGUAAUUAGUUUAGCCUGAAGUCCAUCUCAAAAUAGUUCAAUUGUAGUAGUUAGUUUAGCCUUGAGUCCAACUCAAAAAAGAGUUAAGUUGUAGUAAUUAGCUUAGCCUUGAGUCCAAGUCAAAAGAGUUAAGUUGUA